AUGUUCCGCAAGCUUCGUGGUAUUGGCAGCCGCGGUAGCCGUAGCAGCGAGCCCGCGCCAUCAGCACCGGCCACGACAGCAGAGAGCGAAAUUUUUAACCCUCGUGCUAUCUAUAUCAGCGACGUGAGGCGGUCACCUACUAAGCUACCCCGCAAGCCCGGUAUCAAGGCACAGUCCGUGUCUAUUAUGGUCAAGAAUGCCAAAGGCGCCACUAACUCCGUGGAUCUUUACAGGCUACUCCAGAGAGAGAAGGAUGUCGGCGAGUUCGACCCUACAGGCGACUACGAGACAGACUACCUUUGCGACGGCUAUAUCUACACUGUCAGCUUUAUUGCGCCGCCUAGCGACCCGGGAUCUAGCCUAGGCUACCUCUGCCUUAUGCAGCAUGUCUAUCUCGUCUUAACGUACGACGCUUCAUCGAGCGAAUCGUGGGACGAAAUCGCGGCCGUCUGCGACAGGAUGCGCAGCCGCUGCGAAGACGGGGCCCUCCCCUUUCAUGCGACAAUAAUCGCCGCUAUGGAUGAAGGUGAAGGUGAAGCCGCCGUGUCGCACGCGGAAGCAGAGGCAUUUGCCUCCCAGCGGGGCUGUCGCUUUGUCAAGUUCUCGCCCGCAACUGGGCGCGGCACUUGCGAUGCGAUCGGUUCGCUCGUUGAGCUGGCGAACCGCGCUCGUGAUCAAUAUACUCUUGAUAAGGCGGGUUAUGCCCAGAGGUACAAGAGGGGGAAGGCAUUCCAGGCAGUACUUUCCAGCUAG